AUGACCCAAGUUGAAAGCGUCGGUAUUCCGGCCUUCCCACAGCUCCUUGGAACGUACGUCCGGGGCUGCCUCUUGCGUGAAAAGGAACAGAACCCCACGUGUGACCUGACGGUUAGUCAUGUCACUGCUGCUCUUGAAGCGGCCAGGGACCAGGGAGGUCCUGAACUUGCUGCUCAAGCCGCGGACGCUCUAAGCUCCUACGGGGAUUACGGCAAGGUCGGCAGCACCGCGCCGGCGAUUCUCAGUCCUGUCAGUUGGGACGGUUUGAUCGGGUAUGGAACGCUUGAGUGGCAGUAUGGUACCUGGCAGACCAUUGACUUCGGAGAUGAACUGCUGCUUCCCGCAGACUUCCUUUCUCAAAUCGUCGGCGCCGCACAAACCUCCUCAGACGCCCCGGAACCCAAGCAGUGCCUGCUCCUUCACAGCUGUGCUGGGGUGCUCCUCGCAGAAACGGGGAUAGUACCCACGCCCGAGGCUGUCGAGAAGCUGGCAACUUCGGUGAGACAACGAUUACACGGGCAGGCGCACGAAGCCCAAGCUGCUUUGGGGCCCACGCCCGACGAAUUAUCCCGCGCUGAAGCUGACCUUCGCAUUUAUGCGCACGACCUGCUGCAUUGGGGGCACGACAAGGACUACCGGUGUCUCGCGGCAUUCCCCGACCGGGUCUUUGCACCCUAUGCUCUUGCUAUCGUUCGAGUCGACCAUCGCGGCAGCACCUCCCUCGAGGUGCUGGUUGGCGCCAACUACGAUUCAAGCCCCGAAUCUACCAUCUGGCUCCUUGUUUCGCAGGGCCAUAUGCGCCUGCUCCACCCGCCACGCCCGUUUGUUUGGCCCUCGACUGCGCGCCAAAUCCAGGCGGUUGGCUGGGAGCCCCACUUGGAAGCAGCUGGAUGCCCUGAGGCUUGGUAUCGAGCCCAGGACGUCCUCCGCUGUCACAUUUGCCAGCCCAAAUACCCGCCGGAACGUUGCUCGGGUUGGGGCAUCAGUGUGUUCGGGCUCAGCCCGUUAACGCCCCCGGACAACUUCGCGCCCAAGAUCGGGCAGACGCCGGACCCACCGUCGGCGUGGGACCGCCUGGACCUUACCCCACCCGCAGACGGGCCUUGGCUCUUGUGUAUUGGGCCCGACGUCAACGCGCUCGCAGAACGCCUUGCUCUCACCGGGCUUCAGACCGUUUCGGUCAGUGACCACACCUUCGACCAGCUCCUCGCUUCCUUGUCGGUUCUUGAGCAUUUGGUCGCCGUUCCCGGCUGUGUUGGCCUUUGGCUUGACUUGGGCGUUGGGAGUGCCAGUUGGCGCGCUGCUUUGCUCCGUGCGGUACCCCAAUCUGUCCUGGCUGCUUUGCUGAUCACGGCCCCGCUGGGGCUUGCUGUUCGCGAAUUUGCCUCGCACGUCGCACCGGUGCGGGUGCCGCCCGCAUGGCUGCCCCAACGCGGCCCUCUGUGGCUUUAUUCUCAGCACCCAGUGGUCCUGGCUUGUGCACCUGCCCUCCCAGGAGACCUGCCCUCGUUCGUGGCUACCCUCUUUCGCCCUGAGGCGCGCUUCGCGCCCGGGGCCGUUAGACGAUACUUCAAUUUCGUGAGUUCGACUCCCUACUCCCGAGAGGCCCUCGGUCACGCCGCUACCCUGGGCAGUGCCCUGCUCGAAGCUGCCAACGGUUGGAAAGCGGCUACGCAGGUUUUGCGUGAGGAGGGCCAACGGAAGAGAGGAGACCACUUUGCUGGCCUCCAUGAAACCUACCUGGAACCCCUGGUCCACCCUUCACUGCUCGAGGAGGCCCGGCGCACUGCUAAACACGGUGUCGAGGUCAGAGCUCAUAUGCAGGAAGGAGAACGGGUUCGCGCAAACCCCCAUCCCAGCCUGAAAGGUCAUCUGGACGAGGCUGCGGAGCAAAUUUGGAACGACGCUCAGAAAGGAAGGGUCCUCAUCGUCGUGGACCGAGGGCAAGAUGGCCUCAGAGGCGUUGUUUCCGCGCCCUUGGCAAGAGUCCCAAAGUACAACCCAGACAGAACGGUGAGCAACAAGGGAAGAGUGAUUUGGGACGCCACGGCCGUGAACAAAGUGUGCACGAAGGAGGACCACCCUCCUGCUCUCCAGCCCCGCCAUUCCGAAUUGGCCAGGUUGCUCCUUUGGUGGGCCUCCCGGUACCCUGCUCUCCCCAUUCUGCUCUCCAAGAAAGACGUCGCUGAAGCGUUCAAGUGGAUACCUGUGUCUGACGAUGAUGUCAGGCUGUUUGCCGCUGACCUCGGAGGGAAGGAUUUUGGCCAUCCGGGGAGCACCAUCGUGCUGGUGUACAACGUCCUCACCUUUGGAUGGAGAGGAGCACCGGGCCAGUUCAUGCUCUUUGCCUGGACAAUCAAAUCUGCCUUCCACAGCCUGAAGCCCAACGACCCGGAGUGGAAUGAUGCCACGCCUUUCCGAAGCCUGGUACUUAUGGAUAAUACUAUCAUCUGCGAACCAGAUAUAGGGCUUCGCCCGCAUUAUGCGGUGACGGCUGUCGAAGAGCUCACGCGGCGUGUGCUGGGCCCGGAGGCGAUCAACCCCGCCAAGGAUGCUGAAGAAGGGGGGCUGACGAGUUCCAAGCUUAUCUGGGGUCUGCUUUAUGAUACUGAACAAGGCACUCGUACUCUCCCUCCCGUAAAAUUGGAGAAGGCAAGCCACCUGCUGCGCCUGACGGAGUUCGACCCUGGGAACACUAAGGUCCCGUUGCGCUUGCUUCAGGAACUCAGAGGAAACCAGCAGUUUUGGAUCGCGGCUAUGCCGGCCCUGGCACCUCUUCUUUCGGCUACCAAUGCCCUUCUGGGCCCUGCGGACAGCGACGGGUACGCGCGCCCUAAGGGUUCCCCGGCAGUCCAGGCUCGCGCCUGGCAAAGGUUUUGGGAAGCCGUGGAGGUCCAGAGACUGCUCGUCGAAAUGAAAAGCGAGUGGACCACGGUGUUCACGCACCCACUGGUGGAAGCUUUGUCCCUUCAGGAAGUCCUGGCCCUUCCGGGCCAGGCCAAGCAAGCGAUCUGGGCAUCUGGAGACGCCACCUUAGAAACCAUCGGAGCCGUGGACUGGACCAACAGGUCCGCCUUCUCACUCAAAAUUGCGGAGCUGGAAGGCCCCUUGAGGACCUUCGUUGAGACCUCCAAGGAGGAAGACCCACAGGAAGCCGAGGGAGAGGGUGGCCCUGAAGAAGAGACUCUGAUCGUGGCCGUGACCGAACUUCUUGCCCUCGUCGCCCUGGCUUCCGUUCAGCGCGAAAAGUGGAGGGGGAAAGUGGUGAUUUAUGCCGGAGACAACCAAGUCGUCCGGAGCUGGGUGCAGAAAAGGACAGCACCCAGGGCUAUUGCCGCUUAUUUGCUCCAGCUUCUGUCAGUUUUGGAAAGUGUUUAUGGCUUCCGAGUCUACACAGCGUACAUCCGCACAUACCACAACCGCACCGCGGAUGAUCUCACUCGCCUGGACCCCCGCUUGGUCUUCCAAAGGGAAGGCCUGCAGGAACUGGAAAAUGUGGCCGCUUACUUUCGGGCUUUGCUGGAUCGGGGGUGGCACAGAAGGGCCCUGAUUUGGUCCACCGAAGAGACCCACCAACAGUUGGCCCUGCAGCUGUCUGGGCUCAGGCAAUCGGCGCUCGAACGGGUGCCCGCGGGACUCGCCAUGGCGCUGCUGGACAAGGUCUGCGUGGAGUGGGACUGCGACUAUGGGGCCUACAGUGCGGCUGUGCUGUCCCUUGGCGCGGUCGCCUAUGCCAGCCACUCUAGUCGAGGGCACUGGCGGACCCCGGUCGAUGCCUGGGAUGGCCAACCGGUUGAUUUCCUGUUCGGACGCGUUGGUCCGAGAACUACUAGCGCGGCAGAGCUGGCUCGAGGCGCGUCUCGCGCCCAGGCCAAGGAGGUUUGGGCUGACACCCCGACCGAAAGAGAAGCAAAGGAAUGUGCCCAAGGGUUGGAAGCUCUUGGGUAUCAGACCCUCGUCAAAUGCGUGGCAGGCAGAACGCUGGAAGACCAAAUUUGGUGGAGGCGGUGGGUUGUUUGCGGAAAAAGAGGAGGGGCUGCGCGCGAACCGCCCUGCCUUUCCGCGGAUGAAGAACCUCAGACCCCUGCCAAAGCGUACUAUGACCUGACUUGGCUGCAGCCUGACAAGCAGAUCCCAGCCGACGCCUGGGUGUCAUGCGAGGUCAACCUUGACAGUGGAAUGCCGCACCUGGGAGCUACCUCGCCCCGACCCGCUGGCCAUUUCAAGUUAAAUGGAAAAAGGGCACUCCUGUGGGAGCCUCACCGCCCUUUGUCUUCCCUGCACCAGCAUUCCUGCGAGGAAGGGAGACCUGAUGCCCUGUAUCUUCUUGGCACAAGCACGAAAGGGCCAAGUCCCAGGCGCCUGCUGCCUGUGGAGGUGCAGCGCCUUUGGGGUGUGAAGCCAGAAAGGUCGACCCGGUCCGAUCCGGACGAAGCCGCCAAGCACGCCCUGCUCGAACCACCUACGGGGCUGGCCAAGUUAGCCGGGCUUUGGGCAGGGGGUGGAGCGGCGUGCUUCGCGCCCGCCACCCCCGACGAUCCCAGCGCCACGGACAAGGUUGGAGUCUGCACCCUCCCGUGGGAGGAUGAAGCUGAACGAGCCAUGCUUGGAUGGGUUGAACAACGACAGCGCGAGAGAGUCGUCGGCGGCAAAGGGUCAGACAGAAGGUCCAGGUCGCACAGGGGGCCCGAAGGGUCCGAUCCGGUGCAAUCCGACCAGGGCAAAGGGUACAAAGGCAAGUCGGGGAAGCAAGCCGACUGGCAGUGGAAGCGGGACCUGUCGGGUGCCGUCAGCCGGGUGCUGCGACACGAGGGCGGCACAGAAGCCAGCCCGAUGACUGAAGAAGGAUGGAUGCGGCUCCGGGUGCUCAUGGGACACCCCCAAGUCGCCCGGUUGGGCGCCCAAGAGAAAGACUUGAGGGACUUGGUUCAACGGGACAACAAGCAGCGGUACACUCUUGCGGAUCAUGACAACGAAGCUUGGGUGGCUGCGUGGAGCGGCCACAGCAUUCCCUUCGUGGUCGGUCCUGCUUGGCCGUUACCGGAAGAUGCUGUCCCACGCCUCUUGGUGCAUGGAUCAUAUGCGCGACAUCAGACCAGCAUCAGCCAGAAGGGUAUUAAGAGGCGCAGAAGAGACGUGCACCUCCAAGACCCCAAAAACCACCACCGUCGAUGGCGAGCGGACCUCGAAAUCAAGGUGUUGAUUGACACCCAGGUGGCUAUGGUCGCGGGCUGCACCUUCCGCCUGACCGGAAAUCAGGUUUACCUCUGUGACGCUGACAUCCCCGCCGCCGCCAUUGAAGGCAUUGAGCCGUGGGACAACCUGCCAGGUGGAGACACGAGCGAAGGGAAGGUGGCGGGCCGAGAUGGCUUUCCACGGCUUGGAAUCUGGGAGGUGGACGCCAAGAGCAACGACUUGAAGCAAGAGGUCGUUGAGGUUGCCAGAACUCUGGCGGCGGCCGCCCAGGCUGCGGGGGGGUCCGACGUCUUGGCCGUCGACCCGCAGACUUUGACCCACGAAGUGGUCAAGGAAGGAGUCGCCGAGGCGCGUUUCGCGCCCGUGGAAAUCGACCUCGGAUCCGAACCAAACUGGGAUGCAGAAGAAAGUGCUGAAGAGUCGAGCCCGACGAAGCGAGAAGGAAAUAAGGAGCCCGCCUCAGGAUCCGGGCCCGGGCUCGGGUGGGAAGGUCAGGAGUCUCAGGGAGCCCGCAUGGAGGGCGCCACUGCCUCCGCGCCGGUCAAGUAUGAGGAACCGAAGGAGGAAAAGCUCGAGACCAAGAGCACCACUCCGGAGCCAAGGCCCAAACGGCUGAUGCUGGGCACCGCCAAGGUGCUGCUCUUGUCUCUUGUUGCCGAGGCGGAUGCCCACAACUGGGAGAGGCUCACGGAUCGCCUCCGAACCGUGCAAGGGUCCGGUGAAGAGAAGGCCGAGUUGGUUGAAAGGCUCGAAGAGCUUGCGGAAGCUCGCUCCAGCAGCCGCAAAGGGUUGCUCGAGUCCGCUGCCCAGGAAAGGCAGAGGCUGAGCGCCCUGUCCCAAGAGCAACAAGAAUACCUCGGCCGGCUAUCGCCAGCUAUGAGGGAAUUUGAGAAACGCAACCCUGUUGGUCCCACCACUGGCACGGCCCUGAUCACCACGAACCGCUUGUCAGCUGACAUUGCCGCAGGCGUCCCUAUCUGGGUGGCGAGGAGAGCGCAGAGGGCUCGAGAAAGGGCCGCGCGCAACCAAGCGCAAGCCCCCAAAGCGCCCCGCGGGGCGGCGGGAUCGGGUCAGCGGGACCCAGAGGAGGCAGCCGAUCUCCUGGACGACGACCUCCGCAAGGCCGCUGCGCGGGACCUUCGGGAGUUCAGGCAAGAACUGGUGGGCCAAGAAAAGCCUCGGUCUACAGGGAGACAGCCUGAAUCGAAAGCCCGGAGGAAGCGUAGGCGAGAAGCCAAAAAGAAAAAGACGCAGACUGCCCCGGUAACCAAAGGGGCUUUGUGGGCAACGGUGGCAGCGGCUUCUACCCCCCUCACAGAAGGGUGCGGCAGGGGUGAGGUGGGAGGAAGCCCCCCAUCUUUCUCCUGGUCCUGCUGCUGGGCCUGCUGGUGUGGGUGGCCGUGGCGCGCAUCGCGCCCGGCUCUCCUCGCAGAGCAUCAAAGAGACUCUGCUGGUGCCUCCUAUUGGGAGCUUUGCCGCCGGGAGCAGGACAGACUUCCGAGACGAAAGCCCAGGGAGAGGAUAAUGCCCGAGCCUGGGAAUUUUGGCUUCUCCUCGCUUUGGCUGCCUAUGGGCUUCUUAACCUCGCGGCCAAGCUGCAGACAGCUCUGUUUGGAACCUUGA